ACCACUUCAGACAAACCAAGCUGGGAAAGCCCAUAUGCUACUGUCGUCAUUGCGCAACUACAGACGACCUCUCUCUUUCGCCUUCCGCCGUUACUCCUUCUGUUCCUCUUCCGUCCGUCUAUUCGCUUCCGCCGUUGCUCCUCCGUUUGAGUCACCAGCGGCCAUGGCGGUGGCGAAGUUCAAAGACGAAGCGUAUCUGGAGUCCGUUAUUCCUAAGCGUAUCCAACUCUUUGAGUCCAUCAAAGCUCAGCAACGUGCUAAUCUUGAAUCCCUUCCUUCCGAUCCCAUCAAGAUUACAUUGCCGGAUGGGACAGUGAAGGAUGGGAAGAAGUGGGUGACUUCGCCAUUUGAUGUCGCCAAGGAGAUUUCCAAGAGUUUGGCCGCCAAUGCUCUAAUUUCUCAGGUCAAUGGAGUUUUGUGGGACAUGACCAGGCCUUUAGAAGGUGAUUGUGAGCUCAAGCUUUUCACUUUCGAUAGCGAUGAAGGUCGCGACACUUUCUGGCAUUCUAGUGCUCAUAUUCUUGGCCAGGCUCUUGAGACUGAGUACGGAUGCAAGCUCUGCAUUGGACCCUGCACCACCAGGGGUGAGGGCUUCUAUUAUGAUGCAUUUUAUGGCGACUUGGGCUUGAAUGAUGACCACUUCAAGCAAAUUGAAUUCAGAGCAAGCAAGGCUGUUGGGGAAAAGCAGCCUUUCGAGCGUAUUGAAGUAUCAAAGGAUCAGGCGCUGGAAAUGUUUUCUGACAAUAAUUUCAAGGUCGAGAUCAUCAAUGAUUUGCCUGCAGACAAAACAAUCACAGUAUAUAGAUGUGGUCCCUUAGUUGAUUUGUGUCGUGGCCCUCAUAUACCUAAUACAUCCUUUGUGAAGGCAUUAGCGUGUUUGAAGGCUUCUUCAGCCUACUGGAGGGGGAAUAAAGAUCGAGAAAGUUUGCAACGAGUUUAUGGAAUCUCUUAUCCUGAUCAGAAGCGUUUGAAGGAGUAUAUCCAACACUUGGAAGAAGCAAAAAAGUAUGAUCACAGAUUGUUGGGUACAAAACAGGAACUUUUCUUCUGCCACCCACUUAGCCCAGGAAGUUGGUUCUUCCUUCCGCUUGGAACUCGGGUCUACAAUAAAUUGAUGGACUUUAUACGAAGUCAAUACAGAGAGAGGGGAUACACUGAGGUUUUGUCACCAAACAUGUAUAAUAUGCAAUUAUGGGAAACAUCUGGCCAUGCUGCAAAUUACAAGGAGAACAUGUUUGUAUUUGAGAUUGAAAAACAAGAAUUUGGAUUGAAACCUAUGAAUUGCCCUGGACAUUGUUUAAUGUUUCAACACAGAGUUCGUUCUUACAGAGAACUUCCUCUCCGAUUGGCUGAUUUUGGGGUAUUGCAUAGAAAUGAGGCCAGUGGUGCUCUUACUGGCCUAACUCGUGUUCGGAGAUUUCAGCAGGAUGAUGCUCAUAUCUUUUGCAGAGAAUCCCAGAUAAAGGAAGAAGUGAGGGGUGUCUUAGAAUUUAUCAAAUAUUGUUACAAUGUUUUUGGCUUCACUUUUGAUUUGAAGCUAUCAACGAGGCCAGAGAAAUACCUUGGAGAGUUGGCUACAUGGGAGAAAGCUGAGGCUGCUCUUACAGAAGCACUAAAUGAGUUUGGCAAGCCGUGGCAGAUAGAUGAAGGUGAUGGAGCAUUUUAUGGACCAAAGAUAGAUAUCAGUGUAUCUGAUGCCUUGAACAGGAAAUUCCAAUGCGCAACAUUACAGCUUGAUUUCCAGCUUCCUUCUCGUUUUGAGCUCUAUUACUCUGCAGAGGAUGAAGCAAAAAGGGAAGUACCAGUUAUGAUACACAGAGCCAUUUUAGGUUCUGUUGAGCGGAUGUUUGCUAUACUGCUGGAGCACUACAAAGGAAAAUGGCCAUUUUGGCUAAGCCCACGUCAGGCAAUUGUUUGUCCCGUGUCAGAGAAAUCUCAGCCAUAUGCGCUAAAGGUAAAAGAUCAGAUUCAUCAUGCCGGUUACUAUGUCGAUGUUGAUACAACUGAUAGAAAGAUCCAGAAAAAGGUACGAGAAGCCCAGUUGGCGCAGUACAACUAUAUAUUGGUUGUCGGCGAGGAGGAAGCCAACACUGGACAGGUGAGCGUAAGAGUGAGGGAUAAAUCAGAUCACUCGGUAAUGAGCAUUGAUGGCUUACUCAAACACUUCAAGGAAGAAACUGAUCUUUUCCACUAAGACCUUUACUCAAAGAGAGGUAUAUGAAUGAAUUCAAUACACAUCCAAAAGUUGAAACUAACGUGGUUGUUUCUCUUUAUGAUUUUUUUAGAACGAUGAUUGUAAACUUCUUCUUUCAAACCCAAGUAAUGUCUGUACUGUGUAAUCUAAAGUUUUUUGCCAUUUAAUUUCAAACUUUAUUUUUGGGGUUGUCUACAUACUAUUAUAAUUAGAUAGCAAGUUAUCUUCUUUUUCUUCCUUCAA